AUGAAUGACGAAGAUGGUACCGAUUUUCGGUUAAAAAUUGACGAUAAAUGGCUAGUAAUAACAAAGGAUUUUCAAAGGAGGCAUCCAGGAGGAAGUGUUAUCACCCAUUACAGGGAUGCUGAUGCUACACAAGUAUUUCAUGCAUUUCAUGAAGGAAGCAAAAAUGCAUAUAAGCAAUUGGAACUGCUCAAAAAACGAAAUUGUAUCGAUAUGAUAGAUAGGCUUAAAACCAAUAAGGAUGACGGUUGCAGCGAUGAAAUAAAUAUAUCAUCUUAUAAUCUUCCUGAAACAAAGGAAAAACAGAUAGUAGAAAGUUUUGUUGCUCUGCGGAAAGAACUGAUAUCUGAAGGACUAUUCGAAGUGGAUCAAACCUACUACAUUUAUAAGUCUGCUGAAGCAUUUGGCUUGUUGUUGUUCGCUUUCAUCCUACAAUAUUUUACAUGGUACUUGACUUCAGCGAUAGUUUUAGCACUUUGUUGGCAACAGUUUGGUUGGUUAACCCAUGAUUUCUGCCAUCAGCAACCAAGCAAGAAUCGUCAAAACAAUGAUGUCUUAUCGUUGAUUUUUGGUAAUGUCAUGCAAGGAUUUUCGCGUGAUUGGUGGAAGGAAAAACACAAUACCCAUCACGCUGCGACGAACAUUGUUGGACAAGAUGGUGAUAUCGACUUAGCUCCUUUGCUAGCAUUUGUUCCAGAUGAUCUGAAAAAAUACAAAACUUUGUUCGAUCAAUUCAUCUCAAAGGUAAUCCCUUACCAACAUUUCUAUUUCACAUUUAUGCUACCUUUCUUGCGAUUUUCCUGGACGAUACAAUCUAUACUGUUUGUUACUGGUGCGCCAUACAACCAGUACAGGCAACACGUCAUCAAUGCCCCUGCCGAACAGGUUUGCAUCUUAUUACAUUGGUUAUGGGUUAUAUUUCAACUCUGGCUUCUUCCUACAGGAUCUAUAAGAAUUCUGUAUUUUGCAAUUAGUCAGUUAGGCGCUGGAUUUCUUAUCGCUCAUGUCGUUACUUAUAGCCACAAUUCUGUUACUAAAUUCCCUUAUCAAAGCCGUUUACUGAAUAAUUUCCCAUGUCUCCAUAUUCUGACAACUCGCAAUAUGUUACCGUCUCCGACUGUUGAUUGGUUUUGGGGUGGUCUCAAUUAUCAGAUUGAGCACCACUUGUUUCCUACAGUACCUCGUGCGAAUUUACCCCGGGUAUCAGUGAAAGUCAGAAAAUAUUGCGAAAUGAACAACCUCCCGUAUUUAGUGGAUAGUUAUUGGACAGGAUAUAAAUUAAUUCUACAUCAGCUUAAAAGCAUUGCCGAUUCGGUAAGCAAGAUUACAUGCUCCCAUAGUGAAAAAUUAUGUGAUGGUUAA